AUGCCUGCUGUUGUCCCCUCAAUGACGGUAAUCGACUCGAAUAGCAAUCGUACCCCAACUCCGCCUCUUUCUAGGGCUUCGUCCCCUUCGAUUAAAACGAUAAAGUCUGCUUUGAAGAAAUCUUCCUCGAUUGGUAGUGAUGGCUCUUUAAUGUCGUCGAACAACCUGAACUUCUCGGAAACGGUCUACAAGGCUCGAGUUCAAGAUGCCUUGGACCAGCUUACGUUUCACAAAAAUGCAAACCCCAUUAACCAUUUGGUUGCUCAGUUGGAGAUUCCUAGUAACUCUAGUGAAUCAUUAACUCCUGAAAAGUCUCUUUAUUUGGUGAAAGCUUUAACGAGCGAAGUUUCCAGAUUGGAUUCUCCUUCAUGUGCACCUUUGAUCAAUGCCAUUCUAAAAAUGAAAUGGACAAACAAAAAUGCCGACUUUGUUAGUGCUUAUGUGCGGUUUCUAGGUGUACUAGUCAGUUCCAUUCCUAAAUGGUGGACCGAAGUGGCCAAUAAAGUUAUUUCUGAGUUUACUAUGAAGGAAACCACUGCCCAUCAUUCUGUGCUUAGUUACAUCCUAAAAAUUAUUCCCACUGCAUCUAGCACCGUGAGCGGUAUAUUUAUUAAAAACUUUCCUCACAAGUCAGACACUAGCAAGCAUUUAGUCUGCUAUGUGAAGAAUUUACUUAAAACUGUUGAAUAUUGUGACGAACUCGAAAGAUCAGUGUGGGCCCUGAUUUUUGAGAGAACUGUCCAACUUGAUGUUGAGCUGUAUGAAGAAUUGGAAGAUGAAGACGACGACAUAGAUGACGAUGAUGAUGAAUAUGAUGAUGACGAUGAUGUUGAUCUCGAUCAAGAUAAGGAUGAAAACGGUACUAGCUAUACAAGUGAAUUGGCCGUUAAGCUUGAAGAAGAGUCUAGUGAUGAUGAGGAUGACGGUGAUGACUGGGAUGAUAAUGCGUCUGAUAUGUCGGAAUACGAUGUUGAAGACCAUAUCACUACUGAUGUCAAGAGCCUUAAGCGUAAGCUUGACUCAAUAAUUACACUUUUAUUCGACUAUCUUGAUACUAAGUUUAAUGCAGAGAAGCUCAAUUCCCCACAAACUGUUCAGCUAUUCACCACACUUGUAGAUCUUUUCAAAGCCUUUAUUCUUUCAACCCAUCGUACAAGAUCUGUACAGUACAUUAUCUUUCGUACUUGCCAUGCUCAUCCAGACCUUCUUGAUGCUUUCCUUGUGUCUAUGAUUGAGCUGGCUUUGUCUCCUUCGGAAAAUGUCGAGAGACGUCAAAAGGCCAUGCAAUACAUUUCAUCUUUCAUUGCUCGUGCCAAGGGUCUUUCAAGAGCACAGAUCAUCUUUGUGGUCUCUUUCUUGACUGGCUGGUUAGACAGAUACAUACGUGAAAGAGAAAUAGAAGUUGACAACGCCGUGGGAGGAAUGGGUAGAUUCAAAAUGUUCUACUCAGUAAGCCAGGCCCUGUUCUACAUUUUCUGCUUUCGCCAUUCUAUUUUGCGCAAAACUGAUGAUGUAGAAAGCUCCUCUGUUGCCACUCCAGCUCCCUCCACGAAACGGGCUGUUUCUCCUUCUUCAGAAUGGGAGUGUGAUUUGGAUCAUCUUUUCCAAAGAGUCAUUCUUACCAAGUUCAAUCCUCUUCGUUAUUGUAAACACACUGUUGUUGCUAUGUUUGCACAGAUUGCUCAAAAAGAGAAUGCCGCCUACUGUUUCACUAUUAUAGAACAGAACAGAUUAGGUGGGUUCAGAUCUUCAAGCAGUAUCAGUAGCGGCAACAUCAGUGAUAGCGGUGCUCUCCCAAGUCCCCUUAGUAACUAUAGUUCCAAUUCUUAUUUCGGGGCUGGUAAUACUUUUUGGACAAAGAGCCAAGAGUUUGUUGCUCUUGAAGGCUACUUUCCGUUUGAUCCUCUUAUGUUGCCUAAGGCUCGUCACUACCUAGAUGGAUUAUAUGUAGAGUGGGAAGAGGUUGCAGAAGACUUUUCUGAUGGUAGCAGUGAUGAAGACGAUGAAGCCGAAAACGAUACUGAUUCUGAUGAGUCUGAUUCUGACAUUGACAUGUCGAAUGAUGAUGAGGACUCUGAUUAA